AUGCCAACCCCAAUCCCUUCCUUCCUCCUCCCCCGAGGCCCCCCCUCAACCCUAAUCAUGCGCACCCUCCACCGCCAACCACAACGAACAUUCACGACAACGCGCGCAGCCUUCAAAAAAGCCAAAAGCAAUGCCAAUGCCAACAGCAAACCGCGCGUCCUUGAAAAACCAGACAAGUUCCGACCCCCGUCACACCCCCAGCGCUAUGUAGCGCCAUCGCCCAAAAACGCACCCCCAGGCCAACCAUUCGAAUACGGUCCUCGCACAACUCCCAAGGAAAUCGAAGAGCAGAACACGAAGCAGUAUCCGAAUAUGUUCCCGCCGGAGGGGACGGUUAUGCAUAAGUUUUUGACUAGUAAAUGGAUUCAUAUUUGGAUUGCCAUGAGCAUUCUCUUCUCCCUAGCAACAUUCACCUUCACAACAAACUUCAAAGCAACCUCCCCCUUCGCCCAUCUCCUCCCAUCCUGGUCCGAACUCCUAACCAGUCCCUUCGGCACAAUUUCGCGCGCCUUCUCUGUGUGGCGUAUGCAUGUGCAGCAUGAGUCUAUGCGUGUGCGUGAACAGAGGCACCGCCGUGUUGAGGAUGCUGAGAAGAGGAAGAUGUAUCGGGUUGCGCAUGGAUUGGAGGAGGAGGAUGCUAAGAAGGAGGACGGUGGGGCGAAGAAAGAGGUGGAUGUGCAGAGUCCUGUUGCUGUUGAGGUUGGUGAGGGGGAGUUUGUUGAUUGGGAGGGAAAGAAGAGACCCGUUAAGAAGUGGUUUGGGAUUUGGUGA